AGAGUCUAUAUUAUAAACAUUGUGAUUAAUGUUAAACUGUGUUUGGUAAUGGGAAAUAUUGCUGUGUAUAUAUGUUACGAGGCGUGUUGAAGCGUCGAAGUGUACGUAAACAUAAAGUGUGAAUGUUUCUGUGAUAUAUUUGUAGAGGAAAGAAGAGAUUUAUAUACUUGCUUUCGUUACAUGCAAAACAUGGUGUACUUACACUUCCCGUCGAAUUUAACAGAAGAGGAGUUGAUGUUACAAGCGAAGUACAACAAACUCAAAAGAAAGAAAAAGGCUCUGCAAGAUCUGAAAGCACCGAAACAAGAAGUCGAAAGGAUACCGCAAGCACCGAAACGACCAACAGAGGCAAGGGAUGCCAGAGAAGUUGCUAAAAAAUUGAUAAAAUCUGGAGUAAUCACGGCUCCGAAGACUCCCAAAAGACCAGAACAAUCGUUUAAAAGGCCACGUGGUUUAGUGAGAAAGUUAAAUAGCACGGAGAAAACGGUUAGCUCUUAUCAGCCAUUCUCUGCGACACAAAUGGAAGAGGAAGAGACAGAAACUGUGCGACCAAGAGUUAAAGAUUUGUACGAUAGUUUUGUAAGUGCACAGGACACAGAAGAUCGUGCUAGCGGCGAUGUACAAUCACCGUUAAAACCAGAAACGAAACCACGUGCUGGGAACACGAUAUUUGUCUGCGGUUAUAAAAUAUCCGAGGAUUUCUUGAAGAAGCAUUUUGCAACGUUUGGAAAUAUAAUUAAUAUUUCAAUGGAAGCGGAGAAAAAUAGAGGAUUUGUGACAUUUGAGAAAUCUGAAGCAGCUGAAAGGGCGAUAAGUGAAAUGGAUGGUAGUAUGGUGUCCUCUGUUCAGUUGAAAGUGUCUUUAGCAAGGAGACAACCUAUAAUAGAACCUAUGAACGAUGUUACAUCCAGCUCGAUGUGGUCGCCUAUUGCAGCGAAUUACUCCCAAAAAAGUGCACACAAAGACAGGAGAGACUUAAAAGUAUACGAAGAAGAUCUUUUUGUGUGAACACAAUAUUUUUUCAGUCCUAUAGUUCUUGUUGAUGGAUGUUGUUAUUAUCCAGUUGUAACAUUUAAGUCUCCUUCCAAAAUAAAUUAUACAUAGUCUUUAAUGUUUA